GACAUGUUGAAUGUAUAUAAACCUAAUAAAUAAAAUUGAGUGAGUUUCUCCUCUGCAUUUGAUAUUAGCCACAUAACACGAUGUGGUUCCAACUUAGCUUACUCCUGCUUUUUGGAGCGGUUCUCGCUGAUCAGCGUGACCAUAGACAGGCUUGGAAUACGAGGACUCAAUAUCAAUAUCUCGUACAGAGUCGCACUUUAAUAAGCUUGGACAACAAAAAUGUUACGGGAAUACAGUUCAAAGGUGUCUUAACUGUUCAAACGAGUUCUCCAGAUACUCUAACAGCAUUGAUAACCAAACCGCAGUAUGCACACGUGAAUACAGAAUUAUCAGAAGGCUGGGAAACCAUAAUCCCUGAUGAGAUGCUGCAAUAUCGUGAGUUGCCUCUAAGCGGAUUGCCCUUUCAAAUAAAGCUCGACGAGGGAGUGAUCCAGGAAUUGUUGUUUGCACAAAACGUGCCUACUUGGGAAGUGAAUUUCCUAAAGAGUGUCGUCAGUCAACUGCAGGUUAACUUGCAGAAAAAAAAUGUGUUAAUGGAUAGAGAAACUCUGUUGCCCAACGACGAGCUGUCCCUCGGUACAUAUAGAGUCAUGGAAGCCUCGGUCGGUGGCAAGUGCGAGGUUCUCUACGAUGUUAAGUUAGCUGAAAAUCAACAGACUGCGAUGGAACUUGAUCCCAUGUUAAAUUCCGACGAUACGCGACAAUUUAUUGAAGUAAAAAAACUAAAAAAUUACAACAAUUGUAAGCAACAAAAAGAUUAUUCUUAUGGUUUCGACAAUAAAAUAAAGUUGAAGCUAAAGGAUGAAGACAACAAUAAAGUUACUACGAAAUUAUCCGCCAGUCGCAUCGUUCUUUACGGUAAUUUGAAGCGCUUCACUAUCUAUUCCUCGGUGAUGAGAAAUAACAUAUACAUUAAAUCGACUAAGAAUGAAAAUAUCGGCACCAUCCACAGCCAAGUGAUCCUAACUUUAAUCGAACUAGAUGAACACCAUAACACCAUUCAUAUUAAUCCCAACAAACUCAGAACAGCCGGAAAUUUAGUGUACACGGACGGCGGUCCAUUUUUGUCCCAAAACCAUGACUCUCAAAGUUCAAGCGAAGAAAAUCAAUCUCAAAACAAUAACGACCAAAAUAGCGCCGACAAUAGGAACCAAAGAAUCGAGCAAUCUCUCCCAAAAUUAAAUGAAGUUCCAGACAGUUUAGUGAUGCCCUUUUUCAACAAUUACAAAAAUCAAAACAUUAAUUUAUCCGAUCAGUUAAAUCCGGUAGAAGCAGCCCGUCAGAAGAUCUUAGAAAUAGUCGACGAAAUGGAGCAAACUGAUAAUCUACUGUUCGAGGAGACGCUGGAGAAGUACACAAUUCUUGUAAACCUGCUACGAAUUUUAAACGUCGGUCAAUACGACGAACUAAAACAACGCUUGGACAUAGGCUCACAAUUUCAGCGGUUAAACAAUCCUGAUUUAGACAAACAUCCAUUAAGCGAUAGGCAGAGCAUUGUUUGGGAUAUCCUUUAUGACGCCGUUGCGCAAAGUGGAACUGGACCCGCUCUCCUCGCCAUCGCAAACUGGCUGAAGAAUGAGAAUGAUCUUAAUAUCCCACAAAUGAUUCAAGUACUUACACAAAUACCCAACGCUGCUCGCGCACCUACACCAGAAUACGUCAAAACAUAUUUCGACUUAAUUAUCCAUCCGACAAUAAAAAAUGGAAAUUAUGUAGACCGAGUCGCACCUGUGGCAUUUGGCGAAUUAAUCUUUAACGGCCAACUUUAUCUCUCAAAAUCCAGCAAAAUAAAGAAUUUGGGACAAGAUACAACUGAAAUUUAUAUUCCUUAUAUGGAACAAGAAUUAGAUCGAGCUGUCAAGACUGAUAAUAGUCCGCUAGUACAAACGUACAUUACAGCUUUGGGUUGUAUCGGUCAUCCAAAGAUCUUGUCGGUCUUUGAGCCAUAUUUGGAAGGCCGAAAACCAGUGACAAGGUAUGAACGUUUGCUGAUGGUCAGAUGGUUGUACAAAUUAGUCGUAAUAAAUCCAGAAGAACUGAAAAACGUUCUUUACAAGAUUUAUCUGAACGAGAAGGAGGCUUACGAGGUGCGUUCCAUGGCGGUCUAUCUAUACUUUUUAAGCAACCCAUCUCUGACUGCACUGACACGUAUGGCAAAAUUCACCAAUUACGACAAGAGUGAACAAGUAAACUCUGCCGUCAAGAGCGGCAUCAUAAGUUUAUCUAAAGUGAAUCGACCAGAUUUGCAUCUACUAAUCGAAAAUGCGCGAAUCGCCAGGAAAUUACUGACGCCUAAAAACUACGAUCUUACGUACUCUCAAAUCCACUUUACAGAGAAAUCUAUUGUAGCAACUAUCGGUAGCAAGGACAGCGAUAUGCCUCAAAUGGCAAUCUUUGAUGCAAACAACUUUUAUGAUCCCCAACAACCUGUCAUAUUAGCGGAAUACGCACUUUCGAAUGUCGACAACCUUAUGAACCUUUUCCAAAAACAAGAACGCCAAGAACGCAAAAAUUCGCCAGUUGAAAAGCUCGUAGAAAUGUUUAACAUCAAACUCGAAGAAUCGAAGAAGUUGAAAGGAAACGUUUUUUUUUCUGCCUUAUAUGGAAAGGUAUUUUAUCCCUUCGAUAAGCAAGAUGUCAUGACUCUCCUACGGUGGUUAAUUUCGGGAAAUCCAAAUGUGAAUUUUCAUCAGCUGUAUAUCCGUGACAGGAUAACAAGCUCCGUAACUGAAAGCGGCCUGCAGCUCACUUACACUGAAGAGCUACCGACACUGGCCAAAAUGCAUGUCACGAAAAACACUGACAUAGAAGCUGAAAACAUAGGCGUAAAAGUAUACGGCAAGCUCAAUGCGGUGGUGAGCGGCAAGAUACAGCAUAGACUUGGUUUCUUACUAGCCUUCGAGCGUCAGCAAUAUCAAACUGGUGUUGAUACCAAAUGGCAGGUGCAUUUACCAGUAGAAUACGAGAAUAAAGGAAAGCUAACCGAAGAGAACGUAUAUAGUUAUGAGCUGAAAUUGCGACCGGUUUCACAGUCGCAGAAUGCACAGAUCAGACUUUUGCAUUACAGCACCGUUUCUUUCAACACACGACGCGCCGAUUUUGAUUUUCAACCUGUUUCUUCCAUUAACGUCACGAAUAUAAUUAAUUCGCCGACUCAAGGCAGUCUGUCAUAUCGAGUAGGCACGAUCUACGUCACUGCAGAAACAAAUGCCAAAGAAACGUUGGAAAAAUUGAAUCUAGCAAGUCUAAUUAAAACCAUGUUUGAUAAGCCCGAUUUGUUGCCUUACAGCCAGUUCGACGUAUAUAUAGAUAAUAAGAAAGAGACAAAAAAUGAGUUAUCUUUAAAAGUCGAUUACAAAGGACAGAACAUGCUCAUUGGUCAUCAUGUCGAUAAAAGUCAAUUGCCUUUAAUUUCGCAUUUAAAAUCGAAAAUAUCACUAGAGGAUAUAACAGAUAAAAAGCCUCACAGCUGGGAAAGACAAAAUCAAAUCUUGCAGGAAGUCAGCAAAGAUAUCAAAUCUGCUAACGCCCAUGUGUAUGACGUAAGUCUCGAAAUUCCAUCAUUACUGCCACGAGAUCGUCAAGUUUUAACUAUUGGCCUAGGAAAAAGCAAUGUAGACUCGAAGUCUCGAGUUCUUUUCUAUUGGAAUCAUCAAUCGCAGAAGGAUGAAGAGAUUCAAUCGGAAGCAUUGGUCACUGCAGAGUUACAUUCCUCGUCAGACCUAAGAGUUUAUCGAAACUUCAAUGAAGCAAUGGAGCAAACGCCAAUAAAUGAAUUUAUGAUCGACAUGUUAAUUGGAGAUAGAAACAAAGUAACAGAUAAAAUCCAAAUUGAAGGAAACUUUACGCAAAGUAACUCUCUGAGGGAAAUGAUAAUGAAUUCGAAAAUAACUCGGCUAUGUCAGCAACAGAUGAAGCAAGGCAACAACAAAUUAUUGCAAUGCCGGCAAGCCAUUCAGAACGCUCAGAUGAAAGAUAACUUGAAAUUAUCGAUGAAUACGAAUUCUGAACGUUACAAGAUGUAUACUGAUAUAGCUCUCGAGUAUCUCAGUGACAUUAUGCCCAGAAAAAAUGUGAAAUUAUCAAACCCAAAAAAUAUUGAAAGCAACGUCGAUUUAGAAAUGAAAAUUUCACCCGAUUACAGAGAAGCAAAGAUCUUAAUAAACACUCCGAAAAGAAAUGUCGUUUUCGGUACAUCCGCUUCUUCCGGAGGACAAUUCUCUCUGCAAAAAAGGAGUGAAAGUAAUGCAGGAAAAUCGCCUCUGCACUGCAUAAUCGAAAGAAGCCGAGCUUCCACUUUUGACGGGAAGUAUUAUGACAUGAAUUUGGGAAAAACAAACUGGAAAGUUAUGGUGCUCCCUGUAUCGGAAACUGAACUUCCGGAAAAGAUGAAACUGGCUGCAGCGGUGAAAAGAACGAAGGACGAGAAAAUUAAGAUGUUCCUGAUAUUGGGCAAUCACGAAAUUACAUUGCAAAAAUUAAAUGGUACCUUCGCAGUGUCUAUUGUAGAAAGGCAAGAAAUCAUGUUCCCGCCACAUACCACGUACAUGCUUCAGUCCGAAGAGUCCGAACUCAUCGCCGAAAUAGUGGAUACAUCACAAAAUAUAAUAUGGGUGAACGCGCCUACAUAUGGACUCUUUUUGUCAUUUAGUGAAUAUUAUGUUGAUAUUGAGCUAUCUAAUAAAUAUCGCAAUAAGGUACGCGGCCUUUGUGGCAACUACGAUAGAGAACUCAAGAACGAUUUCCUCACUCCUGACAACUGUAUCGCGGAAGAUGCAAGAAAAUUCGUCGCCGCGUACACUUUAACUAACAAUAUGGAUUCUGUUGAAGAUAUUUUACACAAGAAAUGGACAACCAAAAAUUCUAACUGCUCGAAGGAGCAUUAUAUUUUGACUGACGUUAUUAGCGACAGAGAAGCGGGAAGAUUGACCAGUAAACCAAUGUGGGGUUACCAUCAAAAUCUAGCUGAAAAUCUAAAUGAUAAAAAUGCUCAAAAAAACUUGCAAAAGGUUGUCAACCGCACGAAAAUCGAGGAAGAUGAUCAACAGAUCUGUUUCUCUCUCGAGCCUGUGCCAGCAUGCCCCGAGAAUAGCGAGCCUGUGAAAACAGAGUUGAAAGAGAUUGGCUUCCACUGCAUGCCUAAACUCGAGGCUGCUCUUGAAUUAAAGCGCCGAAUCCAGCAAGGAGCUAAUCCUAAUAUGUCCCACAGAUCUCUCUCCAUGAAGCAAAACCGUCAAGUUCCUACUGUUUGUAGAGCUACUAACUUUGGAGCGGUCAUCGCCGACCAAACUGAUCUCAGACAUGCUUGGCAAACGGGGACUCAAUAUCGAUAUUUAAUACAGAGUCGGACUUUAGUAAACUUGAAUAAUAAUAAAAAUGUUUCGGGAAUACAGUUGAAAAGUGCCUUUAUUGUUCAACCGAGCUCUCCAGAUACGUUACAAGCAAUGCUAAUCAAACCUCAGUAUGCACACGUGAAUACAGAAUUAUCAGAAUUAGGCUGGGAUACCAAUAUUCCCAACGAUUUACUGCAAUAUCAUAAUCUUCCUCUAUCCGGAAAGCCCUUCCAGAUAAAGCUCAAGCGCGGAGUAAUUCGAGAAUUAUUGGUCGAACAUGAUGUGCCUACUUGGGAAGUGAAUUUGCUGAAGAGUAUCGUGACUCAGCUGCAGAUUGAUAUACGGGAUAAAAAUGCAAAAAUGGACAGGAAAACUGAAAUACUUAGCAAAGAGGAACCUUCCAUCACACAUAAGGUCAUAGAAGAUUCCGUUGGUGGCAGGUGCGAGGUUCUCUACGAUAUCAAGUUACUCGAAAAAAAUACACUGGAAAGGCCACCCAUGUUGGAUUCCAACAAUGAAGAUCAAUUAAUUGCAAUCGAGAAAAUAAAAAAUUACAACAAAUGUGAGCAGCAAAGGGGUUAUCACCAUGGUUUUAGUGGUAAAGCGAGUUUAAAGCCAACACACGACGACAACAACAAAUUUGUAAUGAAAUUAUCUACUAGCAAUAUUCUCAUCUUCGGCAAUUUGAAGCAUUUCACUAUCUAUUCGUCCGUGAUGCAGAAUAACAUACACGUUAAAUUAAGUCAGAACAACGACCUCGGUACUGUUCACAGCCAAACUCUCCUAAGUUUAACGGAUGUAGAUAGAGAUUUUGACGAAAUUUCUAUAAAUCUCAGCAAACUCAAAUCAACCGGAAGUUUAAUGUACACAUAUCACAGCUCAAUUUCUGACAUUGAGCAAAGUAUGUUAAUUAAGCCACAUCGUUCGAGCUUCAUUCGAAAUUCUGAGCAUACUCAAUUGACUGGGGACGAUCGCUCUCAAAGUUCAAGCGAGGAAAAUCGAUCUCAAACUAACAGCGGCAGCAGCAGCACUGCUAAUUCUAGCAACGAAAAAUUGAAGCGUUUACAAUCAAGAUUAGACAUAGCUCUACAAAAUCCAAUGAUGCCCUCUUUCAUGGGCUAUGGAAAUCGAAAUAUGCAGAUGUCCGACGAGCUCAAUCCGGUUAAAAUAGCAAACGUCAAAAUCGCACAAAUAACCGAUGAUCUUCAGGAACCGAAUAAUCAGCCGUACUACGAGACGCUGGAUAAAUACAUGAUUCUUGUAAAUCUGUUACGCGCUUUCAACAUCCAGCAGUAUGCCGAACUCGAAGAACGCUUGAAUCGAAUGCAAUUAUCGGAAAAUUCUCCUUUAAACAACCGUCAUAUGAAUAGUAAGCAAAACGAUCUUUGGAAUGUCUAUUAUGACGCUGUUGCGCAAGCCGGAACUGGACCCGCUCUCCUCACCAUCGCAAACUGGCUGAAGAAUGAGAAUCUUAACACCGCACAAAUGAUUCAAGCAAUUUUACAAAUACCUAUCGCUGCUCGUACACCUACGCCAGAAUACGUCAAAGCAUUUUUCGAUUUGAUUUCCGACCCGAAAGUGACGCAACAAGAACAUUUAAACAGAAUAGCACCCAUGGCAUUUUCCGAUUUAGUCUUUAACGCUCAAGUUAACAAGAAGAACUCUGAACACGUAUAUCCAAUAUAUAGUUUCGGCAAAAUGGCGCCUCAAAAUGAUAACGAUCUGCUCGACAUUUAUAUUCCCUAUAUGGAAAUGCAAUUAAAACAAGCUAUCAAGGACGGCAAUGGUCCGCUAACACAAACAUACAUUGUAGCUUUGGGUAAUCUCGGCCAUCCGAGAAUUUUGUCGGUCUUUGAACCAUACUUGGAAGGCCAGAAGCCAGUGUCGACGUAUCAGCGUAUGCUGAUGGUUAUGACGUUGUACAGAUUACGCCUAACUAAUGAGAGAUUAAUUAAAAACGUUCUCUACAAGAUUUAUUUGAACGAACAGGAGGCUUAUGAGGUGCGUUGCGCGGCGGUCUAUCUAUACAUGUUAAGCAAUCCAUCUACAGUUACACUGCUGCGUAUGGCAAAAUACACUAAUUCUGACAAAAGCCAUGAAGUAAACUCUGCUGUCAGAAGCAGCAUCGAAAGUCUCGCUAAUUUAAAGGGUUUGAAAUUCAAACGUAUAGCUAGCAAAGCGCGUAUCGCCAGGCAAUUAUUGUCAUCUAACUACGAUUACACAUUCUCUCAUGGUUACUUAAAGCAUAAAAUUAUUAUGAAAACUAUCGGUAGCGACGACAGCAAUAUACCGAAAUAUGUAUUUUUUAACAAAGACAGAUCUCACAGUCGUUUAAGUCAAUCCAUCCUAACAGCUGAAUACGCAGUUUCCAGCAUGAAACAGCUUUACGAGAUCUUUAAAGAACGAGAAAAAAAUCAAAUGCAAUCGCAAGUUGAAAAGCUUGUAGAAAGGCUUAACAUCCAGGACAAAGAACUUGAGAAACUAGAAGGAAAUAUUUUACUUAGUACCAUAUAUGGAAAAAUAUUAUAUCCCUUCGAUAAUCAAGAUGUUGAGGAAUUUGCAAAAUUGCUGAACGAGAAAAACCAUCGCGUGAAUUUUAAACAUAUGUACAGCUAUGACGAGACACUAAGCUUUCCGACCGAAAACGGCCUGCCGUUCUCUUAUACCGAAGAGAUGCCAGUAUUGAUAAGAGUUCACGCCACAAAAAAUAAUGAAGUCGUCGAGAAAUCCACAAAAAUGAGCGGCGAGAUCAACAUGGUCAUGGCCAAUAAAAUGCAGCGGAAAUUUGGUUUUCAAGUACCUUUUGAGCGUCAGCAAUAUCUAGCUGGCGUUGAUACCAAUCUACAAAUGUAUCUACCGUUAGCAUAUGAGCAAAGAAUAACAGAAACCGGACAGAACUCGCAGAAUUAUGAGCUAAAACUGCGCCCGAUCCAAUCGCAAGAAGGUUCACCGAUCAAAAUGGCACAUUUGAGCACCGUUCCUUUCAGCACACGUCAUAAUAAUUACGAUUUUGAAUCUUCAGUCUCCAAAAACACGCAUGUACAUAAUUCGAAGAAAGAGCGCAAAUUAUCAUAUCAAAUAGGCACGAUUCAUGUUACUGGAGAAAUCACUGCCGAACCGAACGAAUGGCAAGCGAUGAAUCUAGCAGAUCAAUUAAAAAAAAUGUUUAAUGAACCUGCUUUGCAAUAUAAUAGAUUUGACGUAUACAUGAAUAAUGACAUGGAACUAAAUAAUGAAAUAAAUUUAAAUGUUCGUUACGAACAACAGGAAAUGAACGACGAUCAGGUUGGUCGACAAUCAGAGUCGGAAAUAGACAAAAUCGAGAUAGUUGAUGGAAACCCCAACAGCCAGGCAAGAAGAAAACAGAUCUUGCAGGAGAUUAGCAAGGAUAUGAAGUCUGUUAAGGCCCGUGUGUAUGACAUAAAUUUCGAAAUUCCAUCAUUGCUGCCGCAAGACCGUCAAAUUUUGACUAUUGGCGUAGGAAAGAGCAACAUGGAUCUGAAAUCUCGAGUUCUCGUCUAUUGGAAUCUCCAAUCAUUGAAAGAUGGAAAAAUCAAGUCGGAAGCAUUGAGCACUGGAAAAAUGCAAUCUACGCAAAAAAUGUAUCUAAGCUUCGAUGAAGCAAUGCAAAAUACGCCAAAAGAUGAAUUUAUGCUUGAUACGUUAAUUGGAGAUAAUUACAGAAAAGGAGAAAAAAUACAAAUUAAAGGGAACUUUAUGCAAAGCAACGCUAUGAAGGAAUUAAUAAUGAAUUUGAGAACAACUCGACAAUGUCAGCAAGAGAUGAAGCAAGGCAAUAAACAAGGCUGGUUGCCGCAGUGUCAAGAAGCCAUUCGCCAGAUCGCUCAAAUAAAGGAUCAUUUAAAAAUAUCGAUGAAUAUGGAUUCUGAACAUUACAAUAUGCUUGCUAAUACGGCUCUCAAUUAUAUCAGCAAGAAUAUGCUCAGUGCAAACAUGAAUUUAGUAAACCCACAAAAUGCUGGAAAGAAGACCGUUGAUUUGGAAAUGAAAAUAUCACCCAAUUAUCGAAAGGCAAAGGUUUUGGUGAAAUCUUCGAAAAUGGAUCUUGCUUUAUCUCUGCCCGAUUCUUCCGAAGCACAAUCGUCAUCAGCACGACUGAAUGAAAUUGAUGACAUGGCAAAUUCCGGACCGCAAAAAUUACAAAGUUUAAGUAUAGAUUCCUGUUCAGUCAGUGAAAAUGGUGUUUACACUUUUGAUGGUCACUAUUAUUCCAUAAAUUUGUCAAAGUCUUGGAUCGUUUUGGUGGCUCCGAAGUUCCGGGGAACUAAUCUUUCAAAGUCUAAAAUUUGGAAAGAAAUACAAGUCGGAUUCUUGGCUCGAAAACAGAAUGACAACAUUGAGUUUCGCAUAUUAUUAAGAAGACAAGGAGUUAUACUGAAAAAACAAAAUGGUGACUUAUUAUUGACAGACGAUGAUGGUAAAAUAAUCUCGUUCCCACCAGGUACAAAUUAUAAGCUUGUGGAAUCGGAAACAACUCUUGCAACAUUGCAGCACAUAAACGACUAUAUAAUGAUGUUGUCGGAUAUACUUGAAAUCAGUGCUCUAUAUAAUGGAAAAACGAUUUCAAUAUCGGCAUCUUCAAAGUAUCGUACUGCGAUAAGCGGUCUUUGCGGCAACUACGAUAGACAAGCCAAUAACGAUUUUAUAACUCCCUCCAAUUGCAUGAUGCAGAAAUCAGACGAAUUUAUCGCCACAUAUUCUUUAACUGACAACGAUCAAUCUGUACAGAAUAGAGAAAAAGUCAAUCGCUCGAAUUGCAUUAAGUUAACCCAUCAACAGACUGACGUUAUCAACAACAAAAAAGCGGAAAGAUUAACGAUGGGAACGUGGGGCCAUCAUCUUAACAAAAAUCAAGCUGAAAAUCUAAAUAACAGAAAUGCUCAAGAAAACUUGCAAGAGAUUAUCAAGCGCACGAAAGUCGAGGAAGAUGAUCAACAGAUCUGUUUCUCUCUCGAGCCUGUGCCAGCAUGCCCUGAGAAUAGCGAGCCUAUGAAAACAAAGUUGAAAGAGAUUGGCUUCCACUGCAUGCCUAAAAUCGAGGCUGCUCAUGAAUUAAAGCGCCGAAUCCAGCAAGGAGCUAAUCCAAAUAUGUCCCACAAAUCUCUCUCCAUGAAGCAAAUCCGCCAAGUUCCUACUGUUUGUAAAGCUACUAACUAAGGCAAACUAUCGACUAAUACAAAAAUAUAUAGAAUAUGCAUAAUUAAUUAAUAAUUCUGUAAUUCAUUUUUUAAAACAAGCUGCAAAUAUGUUUUUAUAAUUGUAAAAGGUCGAAAAGGAGAAUAAAGAAUUAAGCAUUAUAAAAACAAUUAUUUGUAUUUAGUAUAUAGUCAAAUAAAGAAAGAGAAGAAAAAGAA